AGUAUACGUCUAUUUUCCACGUAAGCUUUACUUUUUUUUUAAUAAAUAAUUUUCGAUAUUAGAUUUGGUCUUAUCAAAGCUAUAAUUAUCCAUUGAAGAAGAAUAUGCCUGCUUCAUAACUUUAUGUUUAUAUAUUAAAUCAUCGGAGCUUUCUUUAAGAAACAACAACGCUUCCUUCUGCGCAUCAGCAUCAUUCUUAUCUAUUACUUCAAGCUCUUCUACGCCAAACGUUAUUCCAUUCAUAGAGUUAGCAAAGUCAUGAAGCAGCCGUCCUGAUAGCAGUUCCGUUAUUAACAGUAUGUUUUUGGUAUUUUCGUUCAUUGGAUAAUUAUAAAUGAUUUAAGUUACCCUAUAUUGGAUUAUGAAUACUUAUACCAGAUCAGGAAUAGAUAUUGAACUAUAUAAUAAGUUAAUAAAAGAAGUCAAGCCUAUUGCUCAAGAAACUACUAGAGAAGAAGUAAUCAGCGAAAUAGGUUCAUUUUCUGCGUUAUUUGAUUUUGCUGCACUAAGUAAGAAGUAUGACCAUCCAGUACUCGUUUCCUCAACUGAUGGAGUAGGUACGAAACUGUUGAUAGCUCAAGAAGUGAAUAAACAUGAUACUAUAGGUAUAGAUUUAGUUGCAAUGUGUGUAAAUGACUUACUUGCACAAGGAGCAACGCCUUUGUUUUUCCUUGAUUACUUUGCAACAGGCGUUUUGACCAAAGAUGUUUUAUUAUCUGUGGUUAAGGGCAUUGCAGAGGGGUGCAAGCAAGCUAAAAUAGCAUUGGUUGGUGGGGAAACUGCAGAAAUGCCUGGAAUGUAUGGUAAUAAUCACUAUGACCUUGCAGGGUUUGUGGUUGGUGUAGUUGAUCGAAAGCAAAUUCUUCCAAACUGUAGUAUGAUGAAAGCAGGUGAUUAUAUAGUUGGCUUAGAGUCAAGUGGAAUUCACUCAAAUGGGUUUUCUUUAGUGCGCCAUGUUUUCAAAAGCUUAGGUAUAAAUUAUAACGAUACAUCUCUAUGGAAUAAUAAAUCUUGGAGUGUAAUACUACUUGAACCAACAAAAAUAUAUGUUGAUUCUUUGCUGCCUAUCAUGUCACAAGUAAAAGGUAUUGCGCACAUCACGGGUGGUGGUUUGGUAGACAAUAUUCCGCGAAUUCUUCCAAAAAACUUAUUUGCAAACAUAGACAUUAAUUCCUGGAAAUGGCCAGAUAUAUUUUUAUGGCUAACAAAGGAGGGUAAAAUAGAGAAGAAAGAAAUGCUAAAAACAUUUAAUUGUGGUAUUGGUAUGGUAUUGAUCGUAAGUUCUGAGAAUAUGCAAAACGUGAAAAAUCAUUUCCAAAAACGUGGAGAAAAAAUUGAAAUUAUUGGAAAACUUGAUGAGGCAUGUAACCCUCCACUUGAUAGAGUAGUAUUUAGUUAACCUAACUUUACUGACAGUCUUUUUGCAACUUCUAGGUAUGCUUCCUUUAAAUCUCCUAAAUUCAAACGAAAGACAUCUUUAUCUAGCUUUUUAUAAGUAUUUUUAUCCCAUAAUCUGCAGUUAUCAGGGCUAAUUUCAUCAGCUAAAACGAUUUUAGUACUGUCAUUUAUUAAUCUGCCAAAUUCUAACUUGAGAUCAACUAAAUAUAUACUUGCAUUUGAAAAUAGGUGAACUAAUAUUUCGUUGAUUUUUAAAGUUGUAGUUUUAACUUCA